CUUCAUUCCUAUUCAAGCUCUGGAGAUGAGUAGUUCUGCCUACUGCACUGGCUUCUACUUGAACACAAUAACAACUUAGCAGCCUACCAGUCAAGAUUAUAAAAAGCAUUUCCUUUAUUUCAUGCUUUAUCCAUUACUAUAUUUAUUAUGCAGUUAAUAUGUACUAUUUUAUCUUUGCAUAUGCAGAAUCAGUAAAUUACUAAUUGGAGUUUCUACAACAGCUAAAAGUCUCUUGAAUACUCUGUGCUGUAACCAAUGCACAUUAACACCUCUCUGGUAUGACAAUCAGGGGACAGGGAGCUGAAAGCACACACACAGAAUAAUGAUGCCGAGGUGCAAGGACAUGGAGAGGUCUAGCUGACAUUACAAAGCUAUAACUGAUAACUGAGGCCGCUGGAUGUUUUUUACCCUAAACUUUUCCUAAAAAAAAACAAAACAAAAAUAACAUUUAGCUUGUGAGCAGACCAUUUAUGGCUACAUAACUGCCAUAGGAAAAAGAAAAGUCCGGACCAGAACACUUUUAUUAUUUUUGUCUUUGAAAAAAUGCUAUUUCCCUUGAUGGAUACAAGUUGCAUCUUGCCCUAGUUAAAUUCAUUUUUUAUAUAUUUUAUUGUACAAGUAGCAUGAUCCGUCCUGUGAAUUAGCGUGAAGGUUCCUUGUAUACAUUUAAAAUCUGCUUUAUUCUGCAAGAGAAUCACUUGUGAUAGUUCUAUAUGGCAUUGGCAAUCCAUCUAUUCCCAUUAAAAGAAAUGAAUUUCAUGAAUAUGACAGACAAGGUUCGCAGGAAAAGCUGCAGCAAUGCACCUUGGCUCAGCAGUUCAUGUGAUCUGGAUCUAAACAUAUCUUCAGCUAACUUAACUCAUGAUCAUUCCCAGCUACCUACCUUCACUCCAGCCGCCAAGGCACGAGUGGUCAUUACUUUUGUCAUUUUCAUACUCUCAGCAUUCUGCAACUUGGCUGCUCUCUGGUCAGCUGCACGGACAAGCAGAAAGAAAAGGUCACAUGUACGAAUCCUAAUCCUUAAUCUCACCACGGCUGAUCUGCUUGUCACGUUCAUAAUCAUGCCACUGGACGCUAUAUGGAAUAUCACUGUGCAGUGGCAGGCCGGGGACAUUGCCUGCAGAAUACUGAUGUUUCUAAAGCUUCUCUCAAUGUAUUCGUGUGCAUUUGUCACUGUGGUAAUCAGCGUGGAUCGCCAGGCUGCCAUUCUCAACCCACUGGCCUUCAAUGAUGCCAAGAAGAAGAACAAGAUGAUGCUGUCAGCAGCUUGGAUCAUGAGCGUCCUGCUCUCACUGCCACAGCUUUUUCUGUUUCAUACAGUAACUAUCACUGAACCACAGAACUUCACCCAGUGCACCACCAGAGGCAGCUUCCGCGAGCACUGGCUGGAAACACUGUACAACAUGGUGAGCUUUGUGUGCCUGUUCCUCCUUCCACUGCUGAUCAUGAUCUUCUGCUACUCCAGGAUUCUGUUGGAGAUCUCGAAGCGUAUGAGCAAGGGAACACUCUCCUCUAAAGAGGUUUACUUGCGGCGUUCCAAAAACAACAUCCCUAAAGCACGGAUGAGGACUCUAAAGAUGAGCAUUGUCAUUGUUGGAUCCUUCAUCAUCUGCUGGACCCCUUACUACCUUCUGGGCUUGUGGUACUGGUUCUAUCCUGAAACAAUGAGGGAGAAGGUGUCCCAGUCUCUCACACACAUCCUCUUCAUCUUUGGUCUGGUCAACGCCUGCUUAGACCCAAUUACUUAUGGACUUUUUACUAUACACUUUCGGAAAGGCCUUCAGCGCUAUUGUGGAGGCAGAAGGACAGCAGACCCAGACAUAAACUCCUCUGUGACUGGUUCAUUUCGAUGUUCAGUGUCUUCUUUUCGUGCUAAAAAGAUGACAGUUCUGAACCAGGAAUUGCAAGUACUGCAGUCUUACAACGGUUCUACAAACAACUCGGAGUUUAGGACAAAUGGCCUCGAUGGCAGCUAUGUCUAAAGUCUUUUAUAGAACUACAGAUCUGUUUCCAUCGACUACACUGGGAUUCACUGUGGAACACUAAAAAAAACAUGCCCUACAGCAUGCUCUAAGUACAAUGUGUUGCAAAGAGCAUCUGUUCUCCCAGUAGAUGCAAGAUAGUCGUCAAUAAAGAUAACACAGUAGAACAUAAUGUUUUAUUA